UCCUUAUAAAAGCAUGCACCCCUUUCUAAUAAUCUCACAAAGCCUCAGUUUCUUCUAAAACUUCAUACCAAACUAGAGGGAGAGAGAGAGAGAGAGAAAGAGAGAGAGUUCAGAAAUAGAACAACAAUGGCCUUAGACUAUCUAUCACCAUAUGAUCAUGCUGAAGAUGACUACAUAGACAUGGAAGUGAGCUCCUUCUCCACUUUCCUCUGCCAUUCAAGAAGCUCUCCACACCAAAACCCAAGAGAGUUUGAGUUCCAAAUGUCUUCCACUUCUUUAGAAAGAGAGCCAACAACUUCUCCUGCUGAUGAGCUUUUCUACAAAGGAAAGCUUCUUCCUCUUCAUCUCCCUCCUCGACUUCAAAUGGUCGAAAAACUACUCCAAAAUACUAAUAUCUCUCCCAAUUAUGAUCAUAUCAGAAAAUUAGACAACAACACUACUUUUGAAGAAUUCUAUAGCACCCCAUUAGCCACUAACACUGCUACAACUCCAACUAGUAGUACUCCAUUUGAGUCCUGCAACAUUUCACCCUCUGAAUCUUGUAGAGUUAGCAGAGAACUCAAUCCAGAAGAGUAUAUGUAUGAGUACAAUUAUUCCGCAGAAUUGAGUUCCUUCAUCGAUGAUAAUAAUCCCAAGAAAUCUUGGACCAAAAAGCUCAAGCAUUCUGCACUUGGUUCUAAGCUCAAGGCUUCAAGGGCUUAUCUCAAAUCUUGGUUUGGUAAGUCUGGUUGUUCCAACGAGUCCAGCACUGCACCGGUGGCUACUAAUGAAGGAUCAUUGUCGAAACCUACAAAAGAUUGUUCGAGUAAAUAUCUAAAGGGUAUUGAGAAAAACCCAUUGGGACAAAUUCAGAAUGAGAAAUAUCAAACAGCCACAUCAAGUAGUUCUGUCACGAGGAGCUUCAACAAGGAGAAAAUGAAUGAGGAUGGUGUUGGUCGACAUAGGAGAUCAUUUUCGGUGUCCAUCAAACGACAUUCGACGAACAAAUCUUCAUCAUCUUCAUCAUCGUCAUCAUCUUCUGGAUCAUCCACUUCAUCUUCAUGUUCUUAUAAUAACAACUCUCUUGGGGUUCAUGAACUGCAGUUUCUCAAGAGAUGUAGCAGUGCAAAUUCUGAGAUUGAGAGUCCAAUCCAAGGAGCAAUUGCACAUUGCAAAGAGUCUCAGCAGCUUUUCCGUUCAAGAAAGACUGUAAGUGAAGUUGGGUAUUUAUCAUUUUCAAGUUCCAGACUUGGAGUUUGUGAGGAUCAAGAAAGACCAGACGUUUGCAGGGGAUGAAAGAUAAAAGAGAAGAGGAAAAACAAAGGGAUGGGGAAAAGUACAAACUUUUUUGAGUUUUGACUUCGUUAUGAAUGGUUUCUUUCUUUUUCAUCUUUUUUGUAAAUUGAUUUAAAAAACAAAAAAUGUUUUAUAUGUUUUGAGCAAUGCAAGAAUUAGGAAACUGUGAGUUCCAGUCUUACACCAUCAAAAGCAAUGCAAAACAUUCUACUAAAGUCUGAGAAGAUGCCAAUGAGUUUGUCUCUAAAAGCUAUAAU